UUAUCAUCAAUUACAUUUAUAUGAACAAUUUUUUUUCUUCGGUUUUAACUAUCGAUAAAUUACGAUUUUGUUAUUAUUUUCAUUGUUCGGUCGUUCGGUUAAUUAUUACUCAAUUUCAAACGAAAUAGAAACACUGAAAAACGAUAAAAGAAAAAAAGAAAUACAAAAAACAAAGAUAAACAAAUUUAUAGUAAACUAUGGCUGUUAAGUGGAAACCAAGUGCCACCGCAUUCUGUGUGCUUUGUUGUUUUUUAAUAAUUCUACCAAAUGCAUUUGUGAACAGCGUACGAGUUCAAUCGAAACGCGUUAAAGGAGCUAAAGACACAUCAGAUAAAUCAGAUCAAUCGACGGCCGAAUCAUUUUGGCGGUCUCACAUAACGACGCCGGGCGCCGAUUUAUCAGCAAUAGAUAAUAACUUCUUUUCGGCAACACAUGGUUUAGUUCAAACACAUCCAUCGCUGAGCGGUGGCAUUUCACGGCCGGCUGGCAUUCGAACUGGCACAUCAAUAAAUCCAUCGUUGGGUGCAACAUUAGCGGCAGCUAAUCCAAAAUCGCCAUAUAGACAUUUGGACUUUGCCAGCAGUGCAACGGCUGAAUUACGUCGCAAUCCAAAUUUAUCGGCACCAGAUGAAUGUGCACGCGCCUGUCGAGAGGGAGAACCACCUAGAAUAUGUUACUAUCAUUUUACACUUGAAUAUUAUACGGUUUUGGGAGCAGCAUGUCAAGUGUGCACACCAAAUGCAACAAACACCGUAUGGAGUCAUUGCCAGUGUGUGCUUGCCGAUGGCGUUGAACGUGGUAUAUUGACAGCAAAUCGUAUGAUACCCGGACCAAGUAUACAAGUUUGUGAAAAUGAUAAGGUUGUUGUUGAUGUGGAAAAUCAUAUGGAAGGCAUGGAAGUAACAAUCCAUUGGCACGGCAUUCAUCAACGUGGAUCACAAUACUAUGAUGGUGUACCGUUUGUAACGCAAUGUCCAAUUCAACAAGGCAACACAUUCAGAUAUCAAUUUACUGGCAAUUCCGGAACACAUUUCUGGCACGCACAUACUGGUCUUCAAAAAAUCGAUGGUAUCUAUGGUAGUUUGAUCGUACGUCAGCCACCGUCACGUGAUCCAAAUUCGCAUUUAUACGAUUUUGAUUUGACGACACACAUUGUAUUACUUAGUGAUUGGUUGCAUGAAGAUGCUGCCGAACGUUAUCCCGGCCGUUUGGCUGUCAACACCGGACAAGAUCCCGAAUCAAUGCUAAUCAAUGGCCGUGGACAAUUCCGUGAUCCAAACACUGGCUUCAUGACAAAUACACCGCUCGAAAUAUUCACAAUGACACCAGGUCGACGAUAUCGUUUCCGUUUAAUUAAUGCAUUUGCGUCAGUUUGUCCAGCACAAAUCACAUUCGAAGGUCAUGGUUUGACAAUAAUUGCAACUGACGGCGAGCCAGUGCAUCCAGUUCAAGUGAAUACUAUUAUCUCAUUUUCGGGUGAAAGAUACGAUUUCGUAAUAAAUGCUGAUCAACCAGUUGGAGCUUAUUGGAUUCAAGCUCGUGGUUUGGGUGAAUGUGGUAUUCGACGUGUACAACAAUUGGCCAUCCUUCGUUAUGCCCGUGGUCCAUACCAACCAACAGCAGCUGCACCAACAUACGAUGUCGGUCUGCCACAAGGAGUCGUUUUGAAUCCAUUGGAUGCCCAAUGUAACCAGCAGCGUGAUGACGCUAUAUGCGUGUCACAAUUGAAAAAUGCCCAGCAAAUCGAUCGAGAUAUUUUGCAGCAAAAACCAGAUGUUAAGAUUUUCUUGCCAUUCCGGUUCUAUUUGUAUCGUGUCGAAGAGCUCUUCCAACCCAAUACAUACAAUCGAUUCUUGGUUGCACCGACCGGAGACCAUGUGAUUUCGUUGAUCGAUGAGAUUUCAUAUUUGUCACCGCCAGCGCCACUUCUAACACAAUACGAUGACAUCAAUCCGGAGCAAUUUUGUAACGGUGACAAUCGUCCGGCUAAUUGUGGCAAUAAUUGCAUGUGCACCCACAAAAUUGAUAUACCGGUUAAUGCAAUCGUUGAAAUUGUUUUAGUUGACGAAGUUCAACAACCAAAUCUAAGUCAUCCCUUCCAUUUGCAUGGUUACAGUUAUAGUGUAAUUGGUAUCGGCCGAUCGCCGGACACAAAUGUAAAAAAGAUCAAUUUAAAACACGCACUCGAUUUGGAUCGUCGCGGUUUAUUGCAUCGACAAUAUAAUUUACCACCAUCAAAAGACACAAUAGCUGUACCAAAUAAUGGAUAUGUUGUAUUACGUUUUAGAGCUGAUAAUCCCGGGAGUUGGUUAUUCCAUUGCCAUUUCCUCUACCACAUUGUCAUAGGAAUGAAUUUAAUUUUGCAAGUCGGUACGCAAAGUGAUUUACCGCCGAUACCACCAAACUUUCCAACAUGUGGUGAUCACACACCACCAAUACCUAUCAAUUAAACAUAAAACACCUCAGAACACCAUUUUACAAACGAAAAAAAAAACGAAACCGAACUUUUUUUGCCCCGUUUUACCAACUCUUUCAAUUUCAUUUCCCAAAAUUAUCGCUCUUUUGACAUUCAUAAUAUAUAUUCGCUCUUUCGAUGUGUCAAAAUGUGAUUUACAUGGCUAUCACACACACAUAUAUAUAUAUAUACACUUCAUUUUAAUUUUUCGUAGCAUUUAAACAGCAUUAGUGUAAAUUUAAUAACUACCCACAUCAACGAACUAAACGAAAAAAAAUUCGAAUCAAACCAAAUGCAAUGAGACUCGAACACGACUCGGAAUUUGCACGUACAUAAAGAAAGGAGUUUGCUAUUUAAAUUCAACUAUUCAAUAUCAGAGGCGAUAAAUCGCGCUCAACCAUGUUUUUGCUCAUUUUUUGGUGGUGGUUUUGUGUCGUUAUAAACUCCAAAAUUAUUAUUCUGCAAAAACUAAUCGAUAUCUUUUUUUGUAUACUACAUCGGCACAUUUGAUGAUAAUGGGUAAUUUGAAAGCAUUCUACUCAAUGUGGAAAAUUUGCAUGCAUUUUGAAUGAUGAAAGGUUCGAAAUAAAUAAAGUCCAAUGUAAUUAUUUCUAAUAGAUACCCUCCCCCUCCCUCAACAUACUAUAACUCCCCAACCAUAACAUGCUCACAUACAGAACCUCUUUUUUUGUAUAAAUUAGACGCUAAGUUUAUAAAAGCCAAGUUUUCGUUGCUUGUUUUUAACUUAUAUAAUGAAUUUCUUUCCUUUUUUUGUAGAGAAAAUCUUUUUGCCAAAUUAUAAUUUUAUUUUAUUUUUUUUUACACCAUUGGCAUGAACAAAUAACUAAUCAAAUCAAACAAAAAAUAACAAUUUCAUUCACAUUAAUCGAAAUGGAAUGACUCUUUUAAAAAAAUUCACGAUUUAAUGCCAGAAAAUUAUACAAACUUUUUUGCGUUCACACAUUUCGAUUUAAAUAAUUAAAAUACAUUCGUGAUUAUCCCGAUGUGACUUCGAAGAAAUGCUAUUUGCUCGAAUUAAAUGUGUUUUCUUCUUCUACAUUCCCACUGUGAAUCAUAUGAUUUUUAAUUGGGAAUUCAAAAAAUGAAAUCUUCGAAUAAAUAGAAAUCCAAAUUAGCGACAAAAAAAAUAGAGAAAAAAAAUUGACGAUAGACUGAAACUAAGCGCACAUUCAGUGAUUUUGUCACCAGAUCCGUUCAUCUAGCCUACACAUUAGCCCUCCGAAAAUCCCAUUUUAAAUGCAAUUUAUCAUUCCAUCAAUUCUUGUCCAAUUCACCGAUUAAUCGCAGAAAAAAAUUGAAUACUUCAUGAAUGCCCUAAUUAAAAUGACUUUCCCUUAAAAAAAUCCAAGUUCCACAAAUUUCGAAAUGAAGUGAAUACCAAACUAGAGCAAAUUAUAUAUUUUUUCGCAACUAUUGAAUUACUCAUAAUUUAAUAUUUUAAUACAAAAUGCAAAUUUUUUUUAAUCAA